AAAAAGAAGAAUCCAAAGAGAGACAAAAGAGAUAUUGGCACGUUGGCAUUUGGCAGUUUGGGGGUUUAAGCUAAGGUGCACGGCCUGCCACUUUCAUGGGUUGUGAAGAGAUAGACUCAAACAUAACUCCUUUUGGCCACUCAGAAUAUUCCAAAAUGGAAAACUUGGCUCCCAUGAAUGUUUCAAACAAAGCUGUGAUACAAACUUGCAUGCAUUGUAGAGAUUUGAUGCGCAUCUUGCUGUAUUUCUAAGCAUGUAGAUGCAACUGUUUCAAGGCUGGAGGUCCAGUCCAACCCAAAAGAAUUUGAAGGGAGAAGGAGAGGUCCAUAAACCCAAGGUGCAAAUGCGGCCCAAAGCCAGUAAAGUUGUGAAAGGAAAUCCGCAACGAAGCAGGCGACGCAGCGUUUAAGGUGUCAAUGAUGGCCGCACUUCCCUCACUGUGUAGGUUCACCACAAUCCUUGGCAGCUGCUUCAGCACCCCGUCCCCGAGAAGCUUUAAGAUUCGGGUUCGUCCCCAUCUUCCAAUCUGCCUCACUACUCGGAAGCUUUCGUCUUCGAGCCCAAUGAGUCAACCAAGCUCCCAGCCCGCCGGCGCCACCAAAACCGAGUCGGCGAGGGCGGAGAACGACCAAGAGGACAUGCUGGUGCAGUACGUGGUGCUCCGGAGAGACCUGAUAGAGUCGUGGCCAUUGGGGAGCGUGGUAACACAGGGGUGCCACGCCUCCGUCUGUGCCAUUUGGUCUCACAAGGACGAUCCACAUACUCUCCAGUACUGCAGCCCUGAAACCAUUGACUCUAUGCAUAAGGUUACCCUUGAGGUGAAAGGAGAAACCCAGAUAUUGAACUUGUCUGAAAAGCUGACAGCCGGUGGUAUUGCUCAUAAACUUUGGAUUGAACAGCCUGAAAACAUUCCAACCUGUCUGGCUACAAAACCCUACCCCAAGUCUAUAGUAUCAGUGUUUUUCAAAAAGUUGAAACUUUGUAAGUGAUUAUUUUGAUUGUUCUAAUCCAAUAGUAAUUCAAAGGGUGAGCAUAAGAUCAUAGGUUGUGUACCGUGAUUCUUUCGACAUCUAAAUUCCCUGUAUGAGUUGAAAUUUAUUAUAUUUUCAGCAUCGAAGCAAAGCUUUGCUGUUUUCAUGCCUUUAUUUGGCACUGAA